AGUGCGCACUCCCGCGGUCAAGUGUAAGUACCCGACAAAACUAGUGGACACAUACCAGACACACACAUACACACACAAACACACUCACACACACACGCACACACACACACGCACACACACCGAGUGAAGAUGGCGAUGAGGGCAGCGCUGCGGAGCCUCUCUGUAAACUUUUCUCCCAGACUUCCUCAGCUCUCGUCGGCAGCGCAAGUUUCCGCGGCCAGGCUGCUGUGGAGGAACAACUCCCCGCGGACACUGAGCACAACCCCGGCCCUGUCCACAGCCCUAAAGUUCACAGAUAAGCAUGAGUGGGUGCGAGUGGAAAGUGGAAUUGGCACAGUGGGUAUCAGCAAUUAUGCUCAGGAAGCAUUAGGUGAUGUGGUAUACUGUGGACUCCCUGAAGUUGGCCAAAGACUUGAACAGUUGGAGGAGUUUGGUGCCUUGGAAAGUGUGAAGGCUGCCAGUGAGCUGUACUCACCUCUGGCAGGGGAAGUGACUGAAAUCAACACAGAGCUGGCAGAGAAUCCUGGACUUGUGAAUAAAGCCUGCUAUGCUGAGGGGUGGCUUAUCAAGAUGACGAUUGAAAAGCCUGAAGAACUCGAAGGCCUCAUGGAUCAAGCUGCAUAUGAUACAUUUCUUAAGUCACUUGAAGAAUAAAUGGAGGAACUCGCAGUGAUCUUUUUGUAAUGUAAUUUCAAUUAAAGAUCAGAAGGCAGGAUUACCAUCGUCAUGGUGGAAAAUGCCUUCUCAUCUGUGGUAUUUAUUUUGAUACUGAAAUUGUGCUAUCAAAAUAAUAUAAAAUCAUCUGUAACAUCUUCCACUUAAGACUGUUUAGCUACCAUCCAACAGAAGAGGCCUCUCUAUCUCAAGAUCCAUCAGUGUUGUUCUUUGCUCCAUGUGCACAGAUGUGGUUAUAUAUGACAAAGAGAUUGUAAGAGUUGUGUCACGUUCUUUUAAUAAAAUUUGGUCUUAACUCCC